UUGCGCAUUAGCAGUUGAGCCUUUGUGGCCUUCGGAUCCAACCCCCCAAAUCAUUCCCGUCCAAGUGCUAGGUGUGAGCUGAAGUUAUCUCCGAGUUUGGUCAAUAUUACUGACCCAAAAGAGAAAAGUUAGAAUCCACGCACUUGGAUUUAAAAAAAGAUGGCUGGUUCAGAAAAUCAGGAAGUGCCAGCAAACGAGGAGGAAAUCUCUGGACAGGAAGAUGCAGAGGAAGAGGAAUCUUCGGAAGAGGAGGCACCACCAGCGCCACAACCGGCGCCCAAAUCAAAGGAAAAGGCCAAAUCUAAAUUCGUUUUACUGCACGAGUUCAUUCGGGAGACAGAUAAUUUCCUAGCCCGGUUUGACGAUUUGGUGGAGAACAGAGAUCAGCAGAAAACCCUUUACAUGGCACGUACCAAUCCGUUGAGGGAGACACUUGUAACUUUGCUGUUACGGUUCAUUCAAAACGAAUUGCCGCGUGACGAUUACCUUUACAAGCACAUUAAGUGUUGUGAUGAAGAGCCAUUGAACAACGAAGAAUUCGCCGAGCACUACGAGGAAGCGCACAAGAAAGAUGACGAAGGAAAGACGUCACCGGAAUUGGACGCCAUCACGGCAUACAAUGAAGUCUGCAAAUUUUACAUCGCUGAGGGUAAAGUGGUGAACGUUGAUUUACUGUUCAAACUGAGACGGCUACUGCGGAAGACCAACACUGUUAUGGGUGGGGUGCUUCUAGAUACGACCGAAGCCAUUGCAGCACAGAUGAAGAAGGAAUAAUUAUUUUUAAGAAUGAAAGUCUUGCAUGUAAUGGUUUUACUUGAUCAAAAACACAACAUACGAUCUAUAUUAUGAUACGAAUAAUAAAGCUAAGGUUACUAAUUAUAGGUAAUGAAAA